ACCCACGGUCGGUCUCGCUUCUCUUACCUCCCGUGGGACACAAGGCCGAAAAUUUCGCUAGACUCAUUGAUAUGCGUAACCUAAUGCGACCUUUCGAGGGCCAAUGAAAAUCGACGUUAUCAAAUUAGGCAUACAGUAAUGGCGGCGCCCAUGAGAAUAAUGUCAUGUUGCUGUUUGAUAGUGUUUGUAAACUAUGGCAGCCUCGGGGCACGUAAAAGAAUGCUCUUUUUGCUUAUGUGUUAUAAAGGACAGGGGAUAUGGAGCAUUAAGCUCUAAAACAUCAAUUGAACAGUAUAAUUAUGCAUUUACAAGGUUAAAUUUUUUCCCGACCAGCAAUUCAUAUGCGUGUAAUCUAUGCACCAAUAAAUUAAAUAGAAUAUCCAAGAUCGAGUAAAGUGUGCGAGCAAAGGUGGAGCAGUUGAAAACUGAGAGGGAAAAGUUGUUAGGUAUGUGAUAUUUGGAUUCAGACAAAUUUGGAAACAUUUUGACCUACUUCUCAUGAAGAGGUGUCUAUAACAGUGUAUAAAUAUUUAUCAAAGAAUGAGGGCUUGAAUUCGAUAUCAGUUCUGUGUAUUGAAUAUUCUAUUUACUAAUAACUAUUGUUAAACAAAAAAGUUCUGCCAGCUAUUUAAAAAUCUAGAAAUUGUUGCCUUGUUUAUAAAAGCAUUGCAUACAUAAAUUUACACAGGGAUUUAUAAUUUGUUUUAAGAUGUUCUAAGACAACAUCAACAGACAAGUGGGCAUGUUAAGCCCAGUACACCCAGGGUAAGUGCAGUGAAGAGGUCCCUAGAUAAGACACCAACACCAAAAGGAAAAAGUAAAAAAGCUCUCUUUAAAACACCUGACAAACUACUUCUGCACCAGAACCCAAAUCAUAGUCUCCAGUCAAAGUUACCAUGCAAGGAGGAUAAAUCAACACAAACACAUGUGUCAGAAAAUUUUGAUGUAAAGAUUGUCACCAAGAUUGCUGGAGCUGAUGUAAGUAGAGUAGUAAGAGAUGAAAAUUCUAAGGCAGCCUUAAAAUCACUGUUUAACAGAAGAUCACCUCAUGCUGUCCUGAAGAAUUUAUGCAAAGAUACCAGCUAUAUGGAUGCAUUAUUUCAGUUGUGUGUAAAAAAGAUGAAAAAAGAAAUUGACUGUGUAGUUAACAAAAAAAGUGCCCUAUUAAAAUGCAAAAAGAGUGAAAGUAUGAUGAAUCUUGACUGGUCUUUUGUGGAAUCAAAACUCAAGGAAGGGAUUCCUUAUCUGUUUACCAUUAUGAGCAGCUUGAUAGAUGUAAAAAAGAAGCAGAACCUUCCAGUGCUAAUAAUGUCAAUAGGUGUACUUCUUUAUGGCAGAUCAAGAUCAGUAAAUCAGUUACAGUACAUCCUUGGUCUAACACUAGACAAGUGUGGAGUGUCAAAGGAGGGUUUGAAAAUUCUUCAUGACCUUGGAAUUUCUGUGGCAAGCAGCACUGUCAACAAAGAAAAGAAACAGCUGAUCAAAGAGCAGGAGAAGAAGGUGUCAGCAACAAUGACAAGGGAAUAUUUCAACUAUUCUACACUGAGAGCAGUGCAUCAGACCAGGGUUCCCUAUACAAACUGAGGAAUGCUAUCAACCGUCGGUCAGUGAC